AUGAAAUGGUAUCACCUUCAGCCCGAAGACUACACUGUGGGAUGGGUCUGCGCCCUCCCAGUUGAAUUUGCAGCCGCGCAGCAGAUGCUUGAUCAAGAGCACGAAGACCUACCUCGCGAUGACUCCACCGACACCAACUUGUACACGCUCGGCCGUAUGGGAAAACAUAACGUCGUUGUCGCAUGCCUCCCAGCGGGCCAGACGGGAAACAACAAUGCUGCCGCCGUCGCCGUCCAGAUGAAGUCGAAGUUCACGUCAGUCCGGUUCGUCCUGAUGGUAGGAAUCGGAGGCGGCGUCCCAAGCGACAGCGCUGACGUUCGGCUCGGGGAUGUGGUGAUCAGUCAGCCUGGCAAGCAGUAUGGAGGAGUGGUUCAAUAUGACUUUGGAAAGACUACGCCAAGCGGAUUCGAACGAACCGGCUUCCUUAAUACACCACCCACUGUCUUACUAAACGCGCUCUCAAAGCUUCAAGCCAAUCGGGUUCUAGGCAGGAGCAGCUUGGCAAAGUAUUUGUCCUCCUUCAGUGGUCGGCCGGUGUUCGCUCGCGACAAUGCAGGAACCGAUAUCCUGUUUGAACCGACAUACAAACACGUCGGAGGAGAGAAAUGUGAAAUGUGCAGUCAACGCAGAUGGAUCAAGCGAAACCCACGCGGGAACCAAGAGAUUGCAAUUCACUAUGGCACGAUCGCUUCGGGGAAUCAAGUUAUGAGGGACGGUGUCAUCAGAGACACGGUUAGCUCCGAGCUUGGCGGGGUUCUCUGCUUCGAGAUGGAAGCUGCAGGACUAAUGAACAGUUUUCCGUGCCUUGUUAUCCGAGGCAUCUGUGACUAUGCGGACUCUCAUAAGAACAAGAUGUGGCAGCCUUACGCAGCAGCGACUGCAGCUGCGUGUGCCAAGGAGAUCCUGUCGGUCAUCCCUGCGGAGGAGGUAGCCACAACAUGUACUGUCAAUGAGGCCAUCGAUGAUGUACGAUAA